UAAAAACACAAAUGAAGGCAUUGUAAUUCGCAUUUGUUUUUCAAUUUCGAAUCAAAAAACGAAUGAACACAACAGCCCUCCCCGACUUUAUAUAAUUGCUUCUUCUAGUGAGGGUGCAAAGCAAGGCUGUGUGGGACGGUCCUUUCCAUAUAUGGUGAGCAUGCCCAGUUCAACCGGAUUGCAUGUUUUUGAACCGCGUGGGAGCAAACGCGGGAGAACACGCAAACGCCACAUGGGCUGAGCAGGAGUCGAAGCUACACUCGCCACCCGCUGUGCCGCCAUACAUACCACACGUUCGCUCUUAUAUACAGCGGUAAACUGCACUUUCACAUUCUUGGUGGAGUCAGAAAUAUCCCCUUUAAAUAUAAAUAAAUAAGUAAAUAACAGCCCGCCCCCAAGUUGAGAGGACGAAUGAGGUUUCGAGAAGCGCAUUGCAGAGCCACGCGAUUCGGAGCGUUUUCCCGUCGUGUUACGUCAGCAAGGGAAGCCUUCUUGUUUUCCGUCCGGUUAAAUAAGCGUCUAGCGUUCUUUUCUUUCUUUCUUUUUGUUUACAAUUUACAAUUACAGUCACGUAAGAAACGCCGGGAAAGGUGGAUAUACAUCAGUUAAUUUUGUUUUUGAAUAAUUAAUGAGGUGGACUUAUAAGAGUGCUGAGCUCCCAGAAGGUGGCCAGUGCAGUGGGAGCCCAGUGCUGAAGAGCUGCGAAUGACUGGAGUGGAUUGCAGUGAUCAGAACAGGUUGGAGUUCACUGCAGUGGUUGGAGUGGAUCACAGUGAUCAGAGCAGCUCCUGUAGUGGGAGUUCCUCAAGGCUGCAGCAGAAGGUGGUCUUGCAAUGGGAAACAGUGCUCUCAAAGCUCACCUGGAGACCGCUCAGAAGACCGGAGUUUUCCAGCUGACGGGAAAAGGCCUUCCUGAGUUCCCUGAGGAACUUCAGAAACUCGCUGGAAACCUCCGGACUGUGGAUUUAUCCAAUAACAAGAUUGAAGUUUUGCCAUCGUUCAUAGGCAGCUUUCUCCAGCUGAAGAGUCUCAGCAUAAACUGUAACAAACUCACAAGCCUCCCAGAUGAAAUUGGGAAACUGAAGAAACUUGAAACCCUGAACCUAAACGGAAACCAACUCAAACAAUUGCCAGCAUCACUGGGGCAGCUGAGUGCUUUACGCGCUCUGAGCCUUUCUGGGAACCACUUCCGGGAAUUCCCCAGUUGCCUUGGCACCCUCCGUCACCUGGACCUCCUGGACUUAUCCAAGAACCACAUCAGUGUUGUACCUGCAGAAGUGUCCUCUCUACAGGUCAUUGAGAUCAACCUGAACCAGAAUCAGCUCUCAGCAGUGGCUCCGGAGCUGUCUUGUUGUCCUCGACUGAAAGUUCUUCGUCUGGAGGAGAACUGCCUGGAACUUUCUGCCAUCCCUGUGUCUAUCUUCACUGACUCCCAGGUGUCCCUCAUUUCACUAGAGGGCAAUCUGUUUGAGGUGAAGAAGGUGAGAGACCUGGAGGGAUAUGACAAGUACAUGGAGCGCUUUACUGCCACCAAGAAGAAAUUUACCUGAGAAAGUGAGGUGGUCUCUUUGGACCCUGGUCCACAUACAGCACCCUUGCACAAAGUCAGAGGGUUUUUCUGUAUGAUUCCCAGAGCUUUGUGCAGUGAUUAUGGAAGGAAACCCUGUAGAAUGCUUAUACACUCCCAGCUCCACUUCUAUCUUGCAGCCUAUUUUUUUAACAGAAACCACAGUAAUACAGUGCUGUAUGGACCAUGUACAUGGCUGUGGUGUUUGCAUGAAUUGUAUUGGCCCAAGCAUACAGGAAUUUCACAAAACACUUGUGACCAAAUAUGGAUUUGGUUUCACUAAUGUGCUAGUCAGUGACAGGGAAAAUUGCAAUUCAUGUUGCAUGUUUUUCUUUGAUGUUAAAUUAACAUAAAACUAUAAUUGGUUACAUAUGUUCUGCAUUGUUUGUUUUAUAUCUAACACACGAUUAUUGCAUCAUGUCUGUUUGGUGGCUAUAGCUUUUUUAGCAGCAAUUAACAGCAACAAUUAAUUGUUCUGUAAAUAUGAAUUGCUGUAUAUAACUGUUAUUUAUACAGGAUCAGUUAUGAGCCUAUCUAAUAGAAAAAUUGAGAUACUUCAUGAAGUAUCAAAAAGCAUUAUUUUGCACUAUGGUAUCAGGCAGAGCUACACAUGGUUGUACAAUUGAAUGUAAUAUUUUUCAGUUGUUUUAAACAAGCAGAAAGCCAGUUUUCUUUUGGACAGCAAUAAUCACAGAGCUACAGUUGCACCACCAAUCACUAAUUUAUGCAUUAUUUGAUGAACUUUGGACAAAAUCUGUAAGGAAAUGUAUUGGUACCAAAAAACAAACCAUAUGUGAAUACGAUAUCAGAUGGGAGGGCAUGACUAAGAAAAUGCUGUAUUUCAAAGAGAAGAUAUAUGCAUUGUGCAGAUGCUGUUAUCAGUAAGUCUUUAAGAUUUUUAGUAUAAUGUAAAUCAGAAAAUACUGAAGAGGUAGCAUCCUUAGCAGUUAUUGCAGUGUUAUACUGCUGAGAUGAGUAAUUUUUGUAGCAUAAGAAUCAUAGAAACAUGGAACCUGAUGUAUUAUAUAAUGGCCAUUUUAUACCACUAGAAUAAAUAUUGUGCUCAUGUCAUGCAGCAGACCAGCAAACCAUCAUUUAUGCUUUUGAGUUCUAAAUUACUGUCAAGAGUUAUUGGUGUAUGUAUGUACAUAUUAAAGGAUUUAUAUGGAAAAAAUAUAACAUGCUAUUUUUGCAAUCGGGGUCUACGAAAAUUUAGAAUUCACUUUUUAAUGAGUAACACUGAUUAUACAGCCUUUGCACUCUUAGUAAUUGCAAUGAGUGCAAAAGAGUCUCUCAAAAGUAAAAUCUUAACUCCCAUACUCCAAGGAAAAUGAGUGUUAAAAGAAAAAAUUCUAAUUUUGGAAUCUGUGCAUGGUCUUCCAGUUAUUUUACCAAGAAGGAAUAUGUGCUCUGCUGGAUGUCAUUCAUAAUUUUAUUCACUUGUGUUGCAUGUACUGUGAUAAAGGAGUACCAGGCAAACAGUAAAAGAACAGUUUCGGGUUUCAGGGGAAAGGCAAAGGGUGCAUUUUGAAUUAUGAGUUGAAUUAUUUGCUUUAUUAUGUUGUGCUUUUAGCCACAGAUCGCUUUAUAAUUUACUGAAAUUUCAACACAUAUUCAUUAAAUGUGGAUUAACUCAGAAAAAUCACAUUCAGUAAAUAAUUCCUUUUAAGGAAUCUUUUAAAAAUUCUAAAUUGCUUAAAUAAAGGGGAAAAUGUCAAUGACUGUUA